AUGGUUCUAGGACCUUCCUCGUCGCCCAUCUGGAUCGUCGACACGUACAACGAGUCCGCGUCCGGGUGUUUGAUGGCCUUCUCGAUGAAUCCAACACGGAUGUCCACCAUUGCCGGGGUUGGGCCAGCGGCAGCAGGCUUGGCAGCGUUGGCUUGUGCGUUGGCCUUGGCCUUUGCUGCCUUCUUGGCCUCCUUAGCGGCCUUGGCAGCGGCCAGGGCUUCUGGGUCCAAUGGGGCCUUGCCCUUGGUCUUUGGCUGUUCUGCUGGCUUGGUCUCCUUGGUGUCCUUUGCUUCCUUGGUGUCCUUCUUCUUCUUCUCCUUAAUUUCCCGUGGAAGUUCCAUCGACAAGUCGAUCUUGAGCUUGUUGUCGAGCCCGACCUUGUUCUGGACCAGAUCCACCCAUCUCAGAAUGUGUCUGUACUUGGCCACGUCGUCCACAGACGUCCAUUUCGAGGCCAGCGGGAACACCUUGUCGAAAACGGCAGAGUCUGCUUUGGAGGGCUUCACUCCAACAAUGUAG